AUGAAUCUCUACCAGCCAGUUGAUGACGCGACCCCUGGAGGAAAGACGAUGGAGGCCAACGACUUCAGGCUGUCAGAGACCUUCAGCAGCCACGUGUUCAGCCUGUUCAAAGCGCAGCGGCCGUACCUGUGGGACGACGGCUUGGCGCUGAAACUUCUGGAAGACUUCUUGGGCCAGAUCGAGGAUGGAUCCACCCCCAUCAAGAAUCUGGGCAUUUUCAGCCUUAGCAUGAUGAACGUGUGCGUGGUGGACAAAGUCGGCAGCACAGUGCUGGAGAUCCUGGACGGCCAGCAGCGCUUAGUCACCCUCUGCCUCAUCCUGGCUGCCAUCCGCAAGAAGCUCCUGGAUGGCGGCGAAAAGGAUGAAGCCAGGUUUGCGCAUAGGAUCACAGACAGACUUUGGCAGCCUGAGAAAGCAGACGAGGAGGUGCCAGCUCAGCCUCGCUUGGAGCUGAAGAAAUUUGACGUGGCAUUCUUCAACGCCAUCUCACGGGAGCCCUCUGCUGUGGAGGGAUCUCCCUUCUUCAGCAGCCCACCCACCAUCACGCAGGAGAACAUCUGGGCAAACCUGAAGGCUAUCAUGAACAGGCUGGAGGAUUGCACCCCGCAGCAGUGCAUUGCUGUGACAAAGUAUAUCAUGACCCGGACGCACAUUAUUGUAGCAAGGUACCGGGACACAGAAGCCGCUCUGCAGGUGUACAGGACUGGCAACAUGACCACAGGAAUGAAGCUGGCAGCUAUGGACUUGCUGAAAGCAGAAGUGCUUGAACUUGUCCCUCUGGAAGACCAGCUGUCAGCCAGCCAGAGCUGGGAGAAGCUGGAGCAGCAACUGGGCAGGGAGCAGCUAAGCAUGCUAUUCAGGCACCUCAUCACUAUUGAGCUCAACAAGCGCCACAGCAUCAACACAGAAGUGGUGGACCUGAAUCAGGUGGAGAGGGGCGUGGAGUACUUCCUGAGGAGCUUGAGCCGGCUGCCAGAGAGGGCGCGCGACGGGUGGGUGCCGGCAGCGCUAGUGCUAGCAGCGGACUGCAGGUUCAGCGCCGAGAUGAAGGUGGAAGCUCUGAGGAAGCUGGAGCGCCUUGCGUGGUUUCUGCUGCUGGGCAGAGCUGAUCUCAACGCCAUCCAUGAACGCUUUGGACGAGUCACGCAGAGCCUGCGCACUGGGGGAGAUGGGAAGAGUAUCGCCGCAAUAGACGGGCUGGAGCUGAGCCCAGAGGAGAAAUUCGAAUUCCUGCGGCGGCUGGAAGGCCCGAUCUACACCAUAAAGGGCGUUCCUCGGCCGUUGCUGAUCCGACUCAACGAGUUUGUGCUGAGCCGCAUCGACCAGAGCUACGUCCAAUAUGAUGUCAAGGACACCACUCUCACAGUGCACGUGGAGCACAUACUGCCCCAGAACAUCAAACGCGGCAGCGGGUGGGAGAGAGAUUUUCCGGACGAGGUGCAGCGAGGAGAGUGGGUGCACCGCUUAGGUAACCUGAUGCUGCUCAGCGGCAAGAAGAAUGCCGGCGCGUCCGACAAGGCCUUUGAGCACAAGAAGACCACCUACUUCCUGAAGAAGCGCAAAGGCGCCCAGGUCGCCCUCCCGUCUGUGCGCAAGCUUCUGCACUCUGUCUCAGGAACGCACACAAACGCCCAGGCGUUGGCCGCCUCAGCUGGCGCUGGCCUGACAGCACAGGGCCGCAGGCUGCUGUGCGGUCUCUUGGACGGCCCAAACUGUGGCGACGGCUGCCCUUAUCUCUCCUCCUGCCAGAACGGCUUCUGCGCGGGGCUCGUAUCAGGCAGCAUUGCCUGCGGCGCCAAUGCUGGCGGCGCCACUUACACUGGGGGAUCUGGCAGCACUUAUGAUGGCAGCUCUGGUGGAUCAAGCGGCGGUUCUGGCAGCUCUGGUGGAUCAAGCGGCGGUUCUGGCUCCUCUGGAAAAUCCAACUACCAGUUCUCAGACCCCUCCCCGCCGCCACCGCCCCCGGAUAACUUUCCGCCGCCGCCGCCCCCCGAGGUCACUUGCCCCGACGGCCUGAACGUGUGGGGCAAGGACGAAGAUAUCGCCAGCGCGUGCUACGACGCCUGCACCGCUCAGGGCAAGGAGGUCUGCAUCUUCAGCCACAACACGGUGCAGGUGCUUAGCACGAUCUGCGCCGCAGCCAUCUACGUAGAGUAUUUGACUCCCUUCUGCGCCGCGGGCCUCUACGCCGAAGGCAAGGACUACUGCAACGCGCAGUGCAUCGACCCCUGUGCAAACAUCCCUCAGGCGGCGUGCCUUGUCAUGCCGGUGCCGAUGUAUUGCCAGGACAGCUGUCUCAGUGCUGGAGUGACUCUCAUCGACGGAGCGGCAAAGCUCACUUCCGAUGUGGCCAACAAGAUUUCAGACGGCGCCGCUGCCACGGAAAAGAGCGUGCGCGAAUGCGUCUUAAACCCCUUUAAUGGCGGCUGCGGAAAGUAG